AUGUUGGCCGCUACCAUCCUAAGUUUGUCGACUCUUGCAAGCGGCUGUGGACUUACUGGACGUCAUAUUUUAGGGCCGAGGGACGAGGCAUCUUCACUUGUCAGCAGAGCUAGAACGGGGGAUCCAUUACAGUCUCUGCGUAUUCUCAACCCCUAUCCGGGGAUAUUUGCGUACUAUGAUGGUCGGACCGGGGAGCGAUUUCACUCAGAUCAACCAAACUGGCUGGACGAUGGAGCGUUUACUUUGGGAGUCUCAACGUAUUCCGUCAUCGAAGGCAACGAAGCCAUCAUCUUUGACGCACACAUUACCCCUGACCACGCGGGGGCAGUGAUGCGUCAUGUCCAAGGCAUGGGUGUCACCAAGAUGUCCGUCGUGAUCAGCCAUUUUCACAACGAUCACAUCGCAGGAACGGAGGUUUUCUCCAAAGGAGGCGCCACUAUUGUCGGCAACGAGAGGACAGCCCGUACAGUUGACCGUAACUCACAGAAUCUAGCCACUGACGAUCCGCCCAUCAAGGCUGUUCCACCGACUGAUCUUUACACUGGGACACGGGAGAUGAAAGUCGGCAAUCUGACCGUCGAGCUUCACAACUUUCAGAUUCAUACGCCCGACGGCACGGUUAUGUAUAUACCGUCCAAGCAGUUACUCUUCGCGGGCGACACACUUGAGGACACGGCGACAUUCAUUGCCCAACCAAGGGAUCUGCCCACGCAUCAGAAAGAGCUUCAGCGAAUGUCGGGUUUCCAAAUCUCAAAGAUUCUUCCAGCACAUGGAGAACCUGGGCGGAUCGAGGCAGGGGGGUAUAACUCGACUUUCAUUAAUGCAACACUGAGAUACAUCGCAGCCAUGACGGAGGACGUACCACAGCCUGCUGCAUGGAACAUGCCUCUGUCUCAAGUCGUAGCCGAAGACGUUGCAAAGGGCGAUUUGAUAUAUUUCGCUCAGUAUGAAGAGGUACACAAGAGCAAUGCGCAAUCGAUUCAAGAGUCUCGUGGUGGCCGGUGA